AGGCGGGGCGGGGCGGGGCGGGAGGCAUGCGCUCAGCUCCCCGGGCCCGCCUCGGCCUUGAAAUGGAGAAUUUGUCUGAAACUGAUCGGAGCUGGUCAAUUUCAGACAGCUCCGCAGGGCUGCGAUAAAUCACGCCGGGAAGCGGCACCCACCGCGCAGCCCGCCCGCCCCUCGCACAGGCGGUCACCUCUGAGCCGCAGCCGCCCCUCGCGAGGCCGCAAACACAAACAAACAAACAAACAAGCAAAAAACCAGCCGGGGAGGUGGGAAAAGACUCUCCGAUCUCCCCGCAGCGCCGCUCACUUCGCAUCGGCAGCCGCCUCCCCGGCCGCGGGGGCUGCAGCCUGGAAGGAGAGGGAGAGGCUGGCCCCCUCCGCACACCCCUCCUUCCCCAAGCCGGAGAGACACGCAUCCAGCACUAGAGGCGACUGCUACAUCCUCGGGUCUCCAGAGCUGCAGAUGUGGCGGAGCGGCAAAGAGUCCUGCUGGGGGUGUGCGAGGAGAACCAGCUCUUUCUUCUUUCAGACGAGAUCUCCAUCUGCUUUCGCUCCUGGAUCCUGGUGCAAAGCUGCUCUCCCUGCUCCGCCGAUUUACCGGCGGCCGUGAACAUUGCGGGGCGAUCCUCCGGUCCCCCUCUCUCCCCACCAACCGCCCCCGAACAUCUUAACGCCGGGGGUGAGCAGGCACACGGGCACCCACGCACGCACAAAGCGGCAAGGAGAAGCGCCUCUCCUGCCUGCUGCCACCCCCGAAGGAAAGGCAAUGAAGCGGGAGAUGCAGCUGAACAUGGUGCUUCCCUUGGGAAACCCAUCCCCAGGCCACCCAGUUGAGACUGCACCUCCCUCCCUGGGCCAGAGAGGGAGCCAGGUCUGGAAGACGACUUCUCCCUGGUGAAGGACGGGACGCUGCUCGUGGCCAGCACUGGGCACCAUGCAUUCCCUGGACGAGCCCCUCGACCUUAAGCUCAGCCUCUCUAAGCUGCGGGCUGCACGAGAGAAACGCGAGAGGGGCCUGGCCAGCACCAAGCACCGGGCCCUGCACCGUGAGCUCAGGAUUACAGAUGAUGGCACUACAGCCAUUGGCCCCCUCUCUCCCAGCUCCCCGCCAGCUGGCCUCCUGGCACACUCCAAGUUCCAUGACAAACGGGAUGCCCGCUUCUCCUCGGUACCCAUGAUGGACCUGAGCCUGUCUCCCCCAUCAGGCCUGGACUCUCCUAGUGGCAGCACCUCACUGUCCCCUGAACGGCAGAGCAGUGGUGACCUGCCCACAUCCUCCACCCCACAUGAUUUCCAGUCCUUGCGCUACAUUGAUGGCAUCCCCAGCUCUUUCCAGUUCUUCCUGCCAUUGAGCUCUGGCGGUGCCCUGCACCUGCCCCCCUCAGCCUUCCUGACACCCCCCAAGGAGAAGCGCCUGUCCCCAGAGCUAUCCCUGCCGAAACAGCUGGUGUGUCGAUGGUCCAAGUGUAAUCAGCUCUUUGAUUUGCUGCAAGACCUGGUGGACCACGUCAAUGACUUCCACGUGAAGCCAGAGAAGGAUGCUGGCUACUGCUGCCACUGGGAAGGCUGCGCUCGCCAUGGCAGGGGCUUUAAUGCCAGGUACAAAAUGCUGAUCCACAUUCGCACCCACACCAAUGAGAAACCUCACCGCUGCCCCACGUGCAACAAGAGCUUCUCCCGCCUGGAGAACCUGAAGAUCCACAACCGCUCACAUACAGGCGAGAAGCCCUACAUCUGCCCCUAUGAGGGCUGCAACAAGCGUUACUCCAACUCCAGUGAUCGCUUCAAGCACACACGUACACACUACGUGGACAAGCCCUAUUAUUGCAAGAUGCCGGGCUGCCACAAGCGCUACACGGACCCCAGCUCACUGCGCAAGCACAUCAAGGCCCAUGGCCACUUCGUGUCUCAUGAGCAGCAGGAAAUGCUCAAGCUCCACCAGCCCCCAAAGACGCCUGUCGCCUCGGCAGAAGUGCCUUAUGUCAAUGGGGCGCAGAUCAUCAUCCCCAACCCGGCUGCAAUCUUUGGCAACCAUGGCCUGCCUGGCCUGGGUGCAUCCCUGCCUAUCCCCCUCACACCAGCACCCCUGGAUCUCAGCACCUUAGCCUGCAGUGGAGUGGGCUCUGCUACACUGCCAGGGCUGCCCAGCCCAGUGCUCUCCCUAAAUGGUGCACCCUUGAACUUGGCCAAGAACCCCUUGCUGUCAUCUCCAUUUGCAGCGGGUGGCCUGGGGCUUCCAGUUGUGUCCCUGUUGGCUGGUGGGGGGAAGACAGAAGUGGAGAAAUGCCAUGCAGGUGAUACCAGAGGGGCCAAAGGCAUCAAAACUCAGGGGCAAGAGAGCCGCAAGGAGUCCUCUGAGAGGACUGAGCUAUCGAGGCUGAGGCCAACUCCAGAAAGCUUGUCGCUGCUGCCUGGGACGGUGCUGGAUCUGUCCACCGGCAUGAACUCCAUGUCCAGCCCUGAUACUCUGCCCCCUGGGUGGGUGGUCAUCCCCCCAGGCUCCGUCCUGCUGAAGCCAGCCGUGGUGAAUUGAAAGGUGAACGAAGCCCAGCCACAAGCCCAGCACCACUUUGGCCUGUGGAUUAAUGGGCAGAUCCAAGCAGGGAGGGGGAGAAAUGGCAUCCCUGUACCCUUCUCCAGUCACCUCUUACCUGGACUUCAGCUCUGUCUUGUUAACCUUCACGAAAGAAGAAACCAACUCUUCUGAGAAUAGCAAUAAUCCCCAUGCAGUCCCUGCAGCUGAUGAUGGCCCAGCCCCAUCAGUUGGCUUGGCUCUGUCCAGUCCAGAGGCCUCUUCAUGGGACCGUGCCAUCCAGCAACUUUCCAUGUCCCCACCUUGCGCCUCCUGCAAGCCAGCUAGGCAGCAUCAAGGCUGGGUGCAUCCCAGAGCAGGCUCUGUACUCCUGACAGAGCCAGCCUGGAUGGAGGAAGGACCAGAACCAGGCUGUGACCCAGGAGGCAGUGUGCUGAUAAAGCUGGACUGUGUUAGUGGAUUGGGCCUGGUGCCUGAGUGUGGUGUUCCCCACUGUCCCUCGGAGGGCGCAGGGUUACUCCACUGGGUGCCCUGGUCUGGCUCAGGCCUCAGGCAGAAGCUAGCAUCUCUAUUUAUUUAUCAGGCGUGCCCCCUUUUUCUGACUGGUCCGUGUUGGGCUCUUCUCCCAUGGUGCUGACCAGGUGUCCUCCAGCCUGAGGCCUCAGCCACAUGGCUGCUGCAGCGGUUUCCCAAUGCCCAUCCCACUCCUCCUGCCCCUACACUGUGCAUUUCCUGGAGAUUGGGCAUAGGAGCAGGCUGGUUUCUGGUGGAGAAAAAGAUGCUGUUUCCAUAGCACUGGGCCCAGAGAUCCUCUGGGGGCCCUGGCACCUUAGGGUUUCUUGGCAUAGGGCAGGUUUCCUGGUGAGGCCAGUGGCCCCUAGCCAAGAGCGGAAGUGAGGGGUCCCAUCAGUCACCCAGAUUCCUCUCUUCACACUAUCCUGCAGGCAGUGGCUCCUCAAGCUUCAUGUCACCCUUGUUACUGCAACCACAGCUGCCCCUUGGCACCAGGCCCACCACCUGUCCCAUGUCAGUCAGCUUGGCAGAGACAUAGCUGUCUGAUAGUGAAUGGUGCCAACCCAGACCACAGCCUUGUUUUGCCUGAAUUCUGCAGUGAUGGGAAUUAAAUCUUUGGUUCCUCGUCAGCCUUAGAGAACACUUUGGGAUGGGCACCCACAUGGGCAUGGGCAUGUGUUCCACCCAUUCCAAGAGAGCCAGGUCCUGCUUGGCAUCCUCUCUGCAGUGGCCCUGCCAGCUCCUUGUGUCCACUUUAGGUCUUGGCACCAGUCAUACCCCACAUCCAGAGGCUCCCAGGGUGAGUGUUGCCAGUUCACCAUACCUAGCAGGAGGGAGGAGAAGCUGGAGUCCGUCAGGGGCAGAGGAUGCUAGCACAGCAACCAGAGUGACCUGCCCCCAUUUCCCACCGUCAUCUGCAACAGGCAGCUAGGCUCCCUACAGAUCCAUCAGGGGAUUUCCUGCCCUGCCCUGCCCUGCCCUGCCCUGCCCAAAGCAUGGCAUCCCUCAGUCCUGGAGGUGAAGGGCCCAGCCAGGCAGAAAUACCCACACCACUAACAUGCUGAGCUUUGUUCUGCUGGACAUCCAGCCCCGCUUGCAGCAUCCAGGAUGUGGACAUGGACGAGCCACAACCUGCUGAGGAGCCCUCCUGUGCAUGUCCAUCGUGUGCAUGACCCAAAUGAACCCAUGCAGUGCCAGGGUCCCAUGCACCAGUGGAACCAGCAGAACUGAGCCACAGCUGAGCCCUGCCAGCUGAGGCACUGGGCAGCGAUGAGGCAUCAGGGAGACCCUCAGCUGGACUGCAUCGACUCUGCUCCUUUCUACACUGGUUCUCCUAGACCAGGAGACAGAUGGCCGUUCCUGACCCCACACAGUGCCACGGAGAGAACUGCCUCCCCUGUCCCCGGAUCCUACCUGCGACAACGCAUACUGCCUAAGUAUGUGGCUUGGACCCCCACAGCACCUUCCCUGACAAGGAGCGAGGGUGCCAUUGUGUUUAGCUAUGUUAGUACCUUAUCAUGUAAUGCAAGUGUGUGUGGCUGGCAGGCAACGUGGGAUAGAAGCACCCUCUUUUCUUGGCGUGAACCCCAGCCCCUUUAGCUGGGCACCCAGGUCUGGGGAGAGAGGGGGUAGUUCCUUAUCUAACACUGGAGCAGGCAAAUCGAUACCCCUCCCCCAGCAGCUCUGCUGGGCAUUGUGGACACCCUGUGCCCUUGGUCUGACCCCAGGCUGAACCUGGGUCAUUGCCUACCUCCGGCUUUGGCCUGUUCACACAGGGCUGCACCUCGGCUGCUCCCAGGAAUGACUCCAUUGGCCUCCUCCCCAGCUCAGCCCCUCAUGUGCCGUCAGUGCCCCCAGCCCUGACACCUCUCUGACCUGGCACUGAGCUCUGCUCACAUGCUUGUCCAUGCUGCUGCCUGUGCAAGCUGAGGCUGUGGCCCUUCCUUUGCUGGCAGGCCAGCCAGCUCUGUCCUGCCUCAGCCAGCAGAGAAACUGUGCCCAACAGCAGGAUAUUGCUGCACUCCUGAGCUAAAGAUUGGGACCACUUCACCCCGUUGGAGCCCUAGCCCUGAUCCCCAUUCACCAGUCACUCCUAGGCCUGGGUCCCCACAGAAAGCAAGUGGCAGCUAAGGGGAGGUCUUUCUUCCCCCCCCUCCCCGCACACAAUUGGCCUGGAAUGGAGGAACACAGCAGGGAGUAAACAGGGGACCACAGUUUGAGAAAUAACCACCUCUCUUCCUGCAGGCCAAGCACAUCCCCUUGCUCAAGCCCGAGCUCACAUGCAGGGCAGGGAGGGAACAGCCACAUGCCUGUCACAGCCACUUGCUUUCAACAGGCUCAGCUGUGGACAGGGGUAGGGGUGUCAGCUGCUGGGGAAGGUGCAAGAGCUCUCAGCAGGCUGGGCCUUCCUCCCCUACCUCCUAGGAAAAAAGUGUUGUUUGGAAGGGAAGCCCCCACCCUGCAAUCUGCCCUGCAGCACCCUGCUGAGGUGGUGGGGUGAGGACUGCGGAAGGUGCUGUGCUCAGAGCCCCCAAGACUCUGCUCUGGGAGGCUGUAGCCAUCCCACCAAACCACAUCAGGCCCCAUGCCUGGGAGCAGCUGGGGCCAGUUGCUUCAAGAAGAGGCAGGAGCCAGCAGGUAGCCAGGCCAGUGGACAGAGCAGGGGCAGCAGAAGUGCAGUGCAGGCAGUGCCCUAUGUGCUUGUGGCCAUGUCCCCAUACAGCAGUGUGGCCUGUGGCAUCUGCAGUUCACAGCAUGCACUGUCCCACCCUGGGCCCUCUACCGUGGGCCUGGUGGGGCCUGGCUCGAUGCUGGCUCGGAGGGGAUCACAGGACAGUCAGUGUGGAAGGUGGAGAUGGGGACAGACCUGGGACCCUGCACUGAAGGGCUCUGGAAGUUCAUCAAUGGCCAAAGAAAAAGGGUGGCUGCAGGGGCUUGUUGUAGCCACAGAGCUGCAGUGAGGCAUUUGUGUUGGUGCCCACUUGGCGAGGCCUGGGCCUGCCUCUCCCAGGCAGACCUGCACAGUACGUACCAUAAGCUGUUCUAGACACCGCAGAGCCGCGAGGCCCGUUAUAAGCUACGUAAACUCAUUAGACUGACUAGCCCUUUGAGUGGCAGCUCUGCUCCCCCCCUGCCCCCCCCCCCACUUCCUGGGGCCAGGUGUAGGAGCCACCUCCCUGCCCAGCUCUUAUGCAGUGCAGGCUCCUCAGCUUCCCUCCCUCCCUGCACUGCCCCACCGACACUCCCUCUCCUGGGGGAUUCUUAUACCUCGGCCAGAGGGGGCCCUGGGACUGCCCCCUCCCUAGGGGGCCCUCAUUUUACCUCUUGACUGCCCCUCGAUUGCAGCGGGGUCACUUGUGUCUUUUUUUCCCCUCUUUGUCCACAAGGGGGUCCUGUGUACCUCUCAGCUGCCCCUCAGCAGGACCCCUGCUACACUGCCUUCCCCUGAUCAGUGGGGCUCCUGCAGCCCUGCACCACUGGGAGUAUUCUCUGUGCCCCUCCUCUAACCCCCCCCACUGCAGCUCCUGGAGGAAUGGGCCCUCAAGGUCUACUAGGAGGAUCAGGGACUUUCACCAGCCCCACAUCCCAGCCAGGCAGCCUGAGGGAGCUGGCCUCUCUGCCCCCCAGCCCCCUUUUGGCAACACCUGGCUCCAGAGAGCCCAUGGGACUUGCUGAGGGGAGCCUGGGCUGUGGCUGCUACAUCCCCUGUUGGGGAGCAUGAGCUGAUGCCAGAAGAGCAGUGUGCCACUCAAAGGGUUACCCUUAGCACAGCAUGUGACUUGGUGAUAGACUAGGCCUGCUAGGGCCGGUGUACGUUUCUUUUCCGUUCGUUGGUUUGUUGUCACACAUUCCAGGACAUCAGUAUUUUAACAGUUUCUAAGUGCCUUUCUAUUGUAGUUUCUGUUUUUUCUCUUGGCUCCAUUGCUGUUAGCAUAGACUUUAAAAAUAAAGAAACAAGGAGAGAUAAGCUAACGACUAUAACACUGUCUUCCUCCUUGGGAGAGGGGAGUUUAUUAAGAAAACAAUAAAGUGAGCUGAAAAGUU